CCUGCGUACGACUUGUGGGCAGCCAUCGACGGAGAAGGCUUCGGACUUCGUCUUCGCCGCUUUGUCACUACCAAAUUCGUCAGUAGUCCACACGUGUUAAGAUCACUCAGUGCUAUUUCAGGUCUUACCCCUAAUGGGUUGACCGCACCGCUAGUGUACUGGAUUCUGAAUCUAUGCGGACUCUCAUCCUUAGCCGUACACGACAAAAUUUUACCCGGACUUAUAGAAAACAUCACGUCUCAUCGCAUGUCGGCUGCACUGCACGUAUGUGCCCCGCCAGCCCAAG